GGAUGGAGCGGCGGCGGCCGGGCCGGGCUGGGCCCGCGGAAGGUGGAGAUUUCUUGCCCUGGGAGUGAGCUGAAUGGGGCUCCCUUAGACAAAGGGUCCCAGUCAGCAUUCCAGGCUCCAGACGCGUCCAGGGACUUCUCAUUCUUUGUCUGAAAGGGCAGCGGUGCCGUUCCCAUUAGAGCGAUGCCUGACGGAGCCGGUGCCUCCGGCGAACGAGAAGCUGCGGCAACCGAUCGGCUUUCAAAUCACCUUCAAACCUCGAUUUCCUCAACAUGAUCCCUCCAUCGGCCCAGUCUCCGAGGCACAGCCGGGGGGCUUUGCCGGGAGGAGAAUAACCCGGUGACAGCCAGCGCUGGAAAAGCCCCGGGCACGACGAGGGGGCUCAAAAACCACCUUUCCCAGCACUCCAGGACUUUUUAGACUCGGGCAGUAGCUUUGCACGGCCUCACCCUGCAGCCCUCACUGUGAUUUCGGGGCACCCAUCUGCUCCCUAGGAUCCAGCACCAAUCCAGAGGGGGUGAAGCCCCCCUUGGAGCGUCCCUGGGGCCGAAGAGCAGCUUCCCCGCGGCGCCGGCUGCCGGGGGAGGGAUGAAGACGCUAUGGCCAAGCUAUUACUAAAACUCCAGCGGUACUUUCGGCGGAAACCCGUGAGGUUCUUCACGCUGCUGGCUCUGUACCUGGCGGCCGGCAGCUUGGUUUUCCUGCACUCUGGCUUUUCCGGGGAGCCCACGGUCCCGGGGAGCCCCCGCAGCCCCGCGGGGGGCGAGGGGCCGGGGCUGCCCUACCUGGGGGUGAUGCAGCUGAGCCGCGGCUUCAAGGCAGCGGCCACGAUCCCGGGGAGGGUCCGGCGACACGGCCCCUGGUUCAAAAGCACCUCCAAGGAACCGGCGGAGAGGGGAAAAGCCAGGGACAACGGCGGCACCCGGAGCCGGGCACUCAGGGGCAGGAGCGGCCGCGAGAAGGAGGAGGACAGAGCGCGAUACAUCGGCUGCUACGUGGACAACACUCGCCAGCGGACCCUGCGUGGGAUGUCCUUCUUCGACUACAAGAAGAUGACAGUCUUCCGUUGCCAGGACAACUGUGCCGAGCGGGGGUACCUCUAUGCAGGACUGGAAUUUGGCGCCGAGUGCUACUGUGGGCACAAGAUCCAGGCGUCGAACGCCAGCGAGUCCGAGUGUAACAUGGAGUGCAAGGGGGAGCGGAGCAACACCUGUGGUGGGAUCAACCGCCUCUCCAUCUACCGCCUGGAGCUGGCCCAGGAAUCCGCCAGGAGAUAUGGCAGUGCCAUAUUCCGAGGGUGCUUCCGCCGGCCGGACAACGUGUCCAUCGCCCUGCCCGCCAGCCAGCUCAUGCUCAACAUGUCUGUGGACAAGUGUGUGGACUUCUGCACUGAGAAGGAAUACCCGCUGUCGGCCCUGGCAGGGACCUCGUGCCACUGCGGAUUCCCCACGACGCUGUUCCCGCUGCACGAGCGCGAGGACGAGCAGCUCUGUGCCCAGAAGUGCCCCGGGGAGGAGUUUGAGAGCUGCGGCACCACCGACUUCCUCCUGGUCUACCAGACCCAGGUGCAAGACAACCGUUGCAUGGACAGGAGGUUUCUCCCCAGCCGAGCCAAGCAGCUGGUGGCCCUGGCCAGCUUCCCUGGAGCUGGCAACACCUGGGCACGGCACCUGAUCGAGUUGGCCACCGGCUUCUACACCGGCAGCUACUACUUUGAUGGGUCUCUCUACAACAAAGGAUUCAAGGGCGAGCGGGACCACUGGCGCAGCGGGAGGACGAUUUGCAUCAAGACCCACGAGAGUGGCCAGAAGGAGAUCGAGUCCUUCGACUCUGCCAUCCUGCUCAUCAGGAACCCCUACAAGGCCCUGAUGGCUGAGUUCAACCGCAAGUACGGGGGACACAUCGGCUUCGCCGCUCACGCCCACUGGAAGGGCAAAGAGUGGCCAGAGUUCGUGGCCAACUACGCGCCGUGGUGGGCGACCCACACCCUCGACUGGCUGCGCUAUGGCAAGAAGGUGCUGGUGGUGCACUUUGAGGACCUGAAACGGGACCUCUUCGUGCAGCUACAGCGGAUGGUGGGGCUGCUGGGCAUCACUGCCUGCGAGGACAGGCUGCUCUGCGUCGAGGGCCAGAAGGACGGCAACUUCAAGCGAUCCGGCUUGAGGAAACUGGAGUAUGACCCCUACACCCCCGAGAUGAGGAAGAUGAUCAGUGGCUACAUCAAAACAGUGGACACGGCUCUGAAGCUCCGGAACCUGUCGGGAGUCCCGGACGAUUAUUACCCGAGAUGAUGGUGAUGAUGGCGGGGGGACCUGACCCUGCUCCCGGCCUCUGCCUAAUUCCACCCAGUGGGUGGCUCUGCUUUUAAUUCUCCAUCUGCUGCUAUAGCUGUUGAUCAACUCCCUGCAUGAGCGACGAGUGGUCCCCAGCCAGUGCUGAGCUUGUUUGGCCAUCACAGACCCCGGCAAGGCGGCAGCGCCGAGGGGACACGGGUGCCUUCACCACCACAGGGUUCCUGCUCCAUCCCACUCCUGUUCUGGCUGCCACAGCCCUCCUUGGAAGUGCAAUGGGUUUUAUCUGUGGUCCUUGGAAGUGCCCUGGGUUGUUUGUGGUCUCCUUGGGCUGGCUCAGGGACACAGGCUGUGCCUGACAGACCCGGUGCCACUGGAGCUGAGCUCCCAGGGGUGGGUAUCCCCAAACUCCCCUCACUCCAUGGCCAGCCCUGGGAGGCAUCUGCUUGUCCCUGGAUGGAAUCCAUCAGCCUUAGGCCAAGGGGUGGUAUUGUGUGGGUGUUGCUUCCACGGAUCCCAUCAUUCCAGAUGGGAAUCAGGAAGGCUGUGCUGGGGAGAGUAAUGUCCCCAAACAAGGUGGCUGUGCCCCCAUGAGCCAGCCCUUGGCUCCCUGGAGCAAGGCUGCAUUCCCCAGUGCUGCCCUAGAACCAGGCAACAUCGCUGGUCCAGCCCUGGAGGAGUCCAUGACCCCCACCUGGGUGGCUACAGGUGGGAUGUCCCCCCUCCAUGGGGAUGAUGCUCAAGAGGGGGACGUUGGCCCUGGACAGAAGAGCUUUUGCAACCCAGGAGCUCAUCUGUGCCUCAUUUCAGGAGCUCAUGAGCCAGAACAGCCCCCCAGCAGCAGUUUUGGGGGCCAGGAGCUGCAGUGGGGAGCAAACCCUGGGGCUGAGCUUUGGGGGGGCUGAGCCCCCCUGAGCCCCAACCCAAACCAAAGGAUCCCGUGGGCACAGGAAGGUGCCGUUUCCAGGCUGGCUUUGUGCAGAGCUGCAUGUGAUCCCCAGCCAUCCCCUCAUCCCACGCUGCCCUCCCAGCCUGUCCCUGUCCUGGCUUUGCCCCAAACAAGCUCCCCAAUAUUCCCAACCUGUGAGUUCCCUUUGGAUGUAGGUGCAAAAGCCAUAUAUUGUACGCAGCCUUUUCUAGAUUAGAUGUUGAACAAUUGGCUUUUAACUCUUGAUCUUGAUAGAAACACAGGCACAGGUCAAAUCGAGACACACCACUCGAUCUAUAUUUAAAGAGAGAAGAAAAUUCCAUGGAGAAAAAGGAGAAUUUAAAUAAAAAUAUAUUUUUCUAAUGUGCUUGAGGAGCAAACACGGGCUGGGGGGCUCCUGCUCCCUGUUUCUUUUGCACGGAGGCAGGUGAAUGUGUUCAGAGGGAGCAGCUGCCCUGGUUUUAACUCUUCCCUUGACAAAUGGCUGGAGGUUUUUUGGGAAUGGAGCUGAGCCCACGCUCCUUCACUCACGGCAGCCCCAGGGCUGUUUACCUCGGUCAGAACAAAUCCUCAGGUCAAUCCAGCUAUUAAAGGAGAGACUUUGUUGCUA